CUAAAAUUAAAAAGAAAAAAUAUUAUUUUCCAUAAACCAUUAUAUAUAUUUAUUAUCUACAAAAAUGAGUGUAGCUGUUCUUGAUAGCAACACAGUGAUUAAAUUUAUAGAAGCAAAAGAAGCAUUCGAAAAAUGUGUCGAGAAAUACUUCAAACUGGUCGAUUCGAACGGGGAUGGAGUGAUUUGUCGUGAGGAUUUCCGAGAAGGGUCGUGCUGGCUCUUCACCGUGGAACUUAAAUCGGCAACGAAAGAAGAUGUCGAUGAAUUCCACCGUAUGAUUUUCGACAAGUUCGACAAGGAUCACAACGAGAAGCUCGAUUUUAGGGAGUUCAAAUCGCUGGUGGAGGAGAUCAUGCUGGCCAUGGCUCGUGGGAUGGGCAGUUUGCCCGUCAUUGUGGCUCUUGAUCAAGAUAGCUUGCUCAGGAUGGCGGUUCAACAUGAAAUUGCUUCUAAAUGAUGUGGGAUUUUCUGCAUUUUUUUAAUAGAAAAAAGGGUUUGUUUUAGGAUUUAUUUAUUUUAUAUAUUAUUUGUUUUUACAACUGUUGA